AUGGCUAUGGUUGCAAAACAAGGUUGGUUCCUCAUGAAUAACCCACAAUCUUUGGUCUCCAGAUUCUUUAAAGCAAGGUACUUUCCUAAUACAUCCUUCUUUGAUGCUAAUCUUGGUUAUAAUCCUAGCUUUGUUUGGAGGAGUAUUUGGAAAGUUAGAGAGGUGCUAACUAUUGGCUGUAGGUGGAGUAUCGGUGAUGGAAGCAGAAUAAAAGUAAUGAAUGAACCUUGGAUUCGGGGGAAAGCCGAAGGUUGUGUGAGGGGGCCGCAAACUCAAGGAACGGAAGAGAUCAUUUAUGUUCCCUUAAUGGAGGAGGUUACCGAAGAUAGACUGAUUUGGAAGGAAGAGAAAGAUGGUCAUUAUAGUGUUCGGUCCGGGUAUAGAGUGUGGAAGAGUAGACAAAAAUUCUAUAAUCCGGAAAAUAAUGAGGAGAAUUGGAAAGGUUUGUGGUCUAUUCUUGCUCCUCCCCGAUUUUGUGAAGAGUUAGUGGAGGAUGAUUGGCAUAUUUUCUUCGGAUGUCCGGAAACUAAUCCGUGUUGGAGGACAACAGGUUUACACGACACUGUUACACAUUAUACUACCCAUUUUAAUGAUAUUAAAUCUCUUAUUUUGGAAGUGUGUAGUCAGGAGGAUAGGAAGGUGGUUGGGCGAUUCGCGACCAUGAUUGAUAUGUUAUGGCAGAAUAGAAAUAAUUUUAUUUGGAAUAAUGAGAAAGAGGAAGCAUUAAGACUUGGUUGGAUAGCUUCCCAUAGGUGGCAUGAAUGGUUGCUAGCACAACAGAAUCAGGAUAGUGAGGUUAUUCCCCCAAAUAGUCAACAGUGGACUCCCCCGCCUGUGGGAUGGUUAAAAUGUAAUGUUGAUGCGGGUUUUAAUCGCAAUAAAGGAACUUCUAAUAGAGGUUGGUGUAUCCGGGACAAUAUGGGUCACUUUGUUAAAGCGGGUGUUGCUUGGGAUGUGGGUACUUUAUCCGCUUUGGAAGCAGAGGCGUUGGCUUUGAAAGAAGCUAUCCAAAGGACGGUAGAUCUUCAUCUUGAUCAUGUAGUGUUUGCGAGUGAUUCUCAACAGGUGGUGCAAGCCAUCCAAUCCAAUGCUACCGGAAGCUCCGAGUUUAAUUUUAUUAUUCAGUCUAUUAAGUUAUUGUUACUAGAUUCUCCAAACUUUAAGGUAGAGUUUGUCAAACGUCAAGCGAAUAUGGUUGCCCAUUGUCUAACAAAGGCGGCCAAUUCUUGGUCUCGACGUAGUUAUGUUAACGUUAUACCUCCUUGUAUUGAGACUAUUUUAUUAAAUGAAAGAAGUUAG